AUGGCGACGAACGAGGAUACAGUGUACACAACAGUUGGACUUCGUGACUUAUUCAGCAACCCAAAUAAAGUAUGGGUGGUAAUGGCAUCAAUGUCUCCACAUAGACCGAGAAUACUAAGAGAGCACAUUGGAAUUACGAACUUGUUGGUUAUGGGAUCAGGGUUCGAGGAAGAUUUGGAUAAAAGUAAAUAUGACUGUGCUGGAGAUUACUGCGCAGAUACAGCCGAAAAUAAGGCUCGGAUGGUAGCCAAAAGUAUAUUCACAGCAAAUGAUAUAGAGUCUAAAAAUAGACUAAGAAGCCUUCUAUCAAAUCUGAAUGGAAACGUACAGGAAGAUUUCGACACAGAUAAGAUACAAAUUGUAAUUGCAGCUGAUACGUUAGUAUUUGUUAAUGGACAAUAUUAUGAAAAACCUGUGGACAGAGACGAUGCGAAGCGUCAAAUUAGUUCAUACCCAGGAGUAUUCCAAAAAAUAUACACAGGGGUGGCAAUAUUCGUAAGAAGCAAAGGAUUUGAAAAGCCAGAAGCAAAAUUCUAUGAUUUAACAAAGGUAAAAUAUCAGAAAAUGACACACAAAGACGUUGAAGCACUACUGGACGCACACCAGUAUGAAGGGUCAGCAGGAUCAUACAGGAUAACGAUGUUUGGAGAAUCGGUAGUAGAGGAAAUGAUAGGAUCAUAUUCUAAUGUAGUAGGACUUCCUGCACAAAAAGUUUCAAGGGCAAUAUGCGAAAUAGCAAAAAAAUACAGUUUGAACAAAAUUUAA